GACGAGCAGCUGCAGGGCCUGGGGCAGCUGCGAGCCCUGCGGCCGGAGCAGUGGGCCCGGCUGGAGCUGCCGGUGGGCGCUGCAGGCCGCCGGCGCGCCGCGGCCCCAGGCCUCGCAGGUGCGCGAGGCGCUGGCGCUCGCGGCGCCCGGCGGGGUCGCCCCCAGCGCGGAGGAUCGGGUGGUCGCGGCCCUGCACGGCCCGCUGGAGGGCCCGCGCAGGCGCGCGGUGCAGGAGAGGUCUUCUGGGCGAUCGACGCGAACGGCGACGGCCACAUCUCGGGAGGCGUCCUGCGGCAGCAGCUCGCCGCCCUGGAGCACCCCGACGUGCAGGCGGGCCGAGCCUCUGCGGCGGAGGCUUCCAAGAGGCUGCUCGGGGCGUGGCAGGGCGCCGACCCGGUGUCGCUGCCCGAGUUCCUGGACCGCCACGUGCUGCUGUCGGCCCUCUGGCCGGGUGGCGACGCCGAAUUCGAGAAUUCGGUCUGCAGGCUGUGGCGGGUGCCCCAGCCCGGCGCGCCCGCGGCCGCCGCGCGGCGCCGCGGCGCCUCCGCGCCCGCCUCGCGCGGGCCCGGGCCGGCGCAGCAGGCGGCCGCCGCCCAGCGCUGGGGCGUGGAGGAGCGGCUGAUGCGGUCGCCGCGCGCGGCGCUGCUGGUGGAGCGGGUGCGGCUGGCCUGCCAGCGCGAGGGCGGCAGGGCGAUGUGGCCGCUGGUUCGCGCGCUGCGGGAGAUGGCCGCGGGCGGCUCGCUGGAGGUGCCCGAGGUGGUGGGGGCGCUGCGCCAGGAGGCUGGCGUGGAGGCGUCCGCCGCCGACGUCACGGAUGUCCUGCGAGCCGUGGACCGCCAGGGCAGCGGCUCCGUCGGCGUGGAGGAGCUGCUGCAGGCGCUGCGCGGGCCCCUGCGGCCCCCGCGCGCGGCGGCUGUGCACCAGGCCUUUUGCGCCCUGGACGCCGGCGGCUGCGGGACGGUGCCGCUGUCGCAGCUGCGGCGGGCCUUCCGCCCGGAGUGCCUCCUCGGGGGGCGUCAGCUGGCCCACGCCCCGGUGCGUCGCGAAGACUUCGCGACGUGUUCUGAGUAUCCAGCG